AUGCCUUUUGCACAAGGAGACAUCUUCACCGCCACCCUCGACGACAAUCAAGUCUUCCAGCGUCCAGGCGCUUCCUCCUCUCGCUCGUCCUCGCUGUUGUACUUCCAGCAUCCACUCGUCCCAAUUCUUCAUCAUCUCCUUCCUCCUUGUCGGCACUGCCUCCAGGCAUACUUUGCCCCCGCUUCUUCCGUCCAAUUCGCAGUGGCAGGCACCGACACUUUCCAAUCCUUUGCAAGAGAUGCCGUCCUCGUCAUCUCAGACAUGCUCUCGCCGCUCAUGCUCCUCGCCAUUGGCGUUGGCAUGGCGGGUACCCUCUGCCGUGGAUUGGAAGUGGUGAUUGAAUCUGCAGCAUUCAGAGGUCGCGCUCUAUGA